AUGGGCAUGGACAAGAUUGAUUGGGGUUCUAGACGGCGCGCGGGAAGCACCAAUGGCGCCUCGCCACAGCCUCCCAAGCACGCACUCAGCAUACACCUCGACCACCUCACGUUCAAGGGGCCGGAUAAGAACGUCACAGCCGAAGAGAUGACUUCAAGAGAUUAUUAUUUUGAUUCGUACGCGCACUUUGGCAUCCACGAGGAGAUGCUCAAAGAUGAAGUUCGCACCCUAACGUAUCGGAACGCUAUGUACCAUAAUAAACAUUUGUUUAAAGGAAAAACGGUUUUGGAUAUUGGGUGUGGGACAGGCAUUUUAUCAAUGUUUGCAGCUAAGGCUGGCGCUUCAAAAGUGAUUGCUGUGGAAUGUUCAAAUAUUGUUGACUACGCACGAAAGAUUGUUGAGGCCAAUCGCCUUGAUGAUAUUAUAGAAAUAGUUAAAGGAAAGGUGGAGGAAGUGGAGUUACCUGUGGACAAAGUGGACAUUAUAAUUUCUGAGUGGAUGGGCUACUGUUUGUUCUAUGAAAGCAUGUUGGACACCGUACUCUAUGCUCGUGACAAGUGGCUUAAGCCUGAUGGCAUGCUCUUCCCGGACAGAUGCACAUUAUUCAUUUGCGGAAUUGAAGAUCGUCAAUACAAGGACGAGAAAAUCAAUUGGUGGGACGAUGUGUACGGUUUCGACAUGUCUUCCAUCAGGAAGGUAGCAAUCUCCGAGCCCUUGGUUGAUGUUGUUGAUGCUAAACAGGUGGUAACUAAUUCAUGUUUGCUGAAGGAAAUUGACCUUUACACCGUUAAGAAAGAAGAUCUCAAUUUUGAAUCCAAGUUCCAUCUUCAGGUUCGUCGCAAUGACUUUAUACAAGCCCUUGUGACAUUCUUCAAUGUGGAGUUCACGAAGUCUCAUAAGAGGCUUGGCUUCAGCACAGCUCCAGAAGCCCCCUACACGCAUUGGAAGCAGACCGUGUUUUAUUUCGACGAGUAUAUGACUGUGAAGAAAGGGGAGGAGAUAAUGGGCACGUUCUCGAUGAAGCAGAACGAGAGGAACAACCGCGACCUGGACUUCGAGGUGGAGAUCGAAUUCAAGGGGGAGCUCUGCCAAGUUAAGGAGAAGAACCACUACCGGAUGCGU